AUCAGCAACCUAACCCAGCGAAAAACUGGACAACCGAGAGUAAAACAUAUAUUGAAACUCCGAAUUCCUUGCAGCUUAAUGGUUGAUUUAUCUUAAGACUAAACCAAAGAAAUGUGUCCAUAAAGACCGUGUACAGAGAUACUAAAGAUGAACAAACUUAUAUUUGUCUUUAUUGCUGUAUUGACAAUAGCAGUAAACCAGUCAGCUGCAAAAAAGCAUCAUACUAAGCACGUGACUACCGACAAAGGAAGCAAAGGGGAAUUAAAAACAUUACGAGAACUUCUUGGGAAACCUAAAGAAAAUCCCGGCUCUGCMAAAGCAUUCAAAGGAACUAGAAAGACAACAAGGCUUCACAAGAUUUGUUCAUGGAAGAAGCACCUUAAGAAUAAACCGGACGAGUGGACCGAAGACAAAACCGUCUACGAUAAACUAAUUUGUGGCUUUUAUACAAUGCAAGACGAAUAUCAGAAACAUUCACACAAGGCAGCAGCUAUUCUCUCUGGACAAAACAGCCAAAAAUCAUUAGAGGAGCAGAAAAAGGAUUUAUUCAACGCGAUUCAUAAUAUGGCAAAAGCUUCGGGGCCUUUGCCUCGUUUGAAUCUCAAGAUGAUCGGAAGAUAAACAUAGAAACUGCUACGAGAAUUCUCCAAACGUUUCUCAACUGAGUUGAAGAGAAUUUAACCAUACCACUUGACUCUCAACUCGUAGUUCAUGAGAUCGAUUGGAUUACUAGCUUUAGUGUCCACCAAACUAUAGGGAAAAUUUGAAAAAAGACCCAAACAAUUCUACUCGAUAUUUUUUCGACUAUUUUCGCUUUAUUGGGAUGACCAUGGUCUACCAUAAACAGACCAUAAUUCACUAGCCAAUCAGAAUUCAGGAUUAGUGAUAGCCCAUAGUUUGGUGGAUAGUAAAAUAUGUAGCUCAUUUAUAUAAUGUACUAUUUUGCUACAGGAAUGGUGGAUAUAUCGAACGUUCCAUGUAGAACGAGCCAGAUGGAAAAUCACUCCGUAGGCCAGCAUUCACUGUACAUCAGUGUAUUUGACAAUAACACUUACAACAUUGUAGUCGUGGCAGCGGGAAGGUGGGAGGGGGUUGAGUUAAGUGUAUAAUGUAAAAAAGGUACAAGUCCUUUUUCAAAAAAGAGUACAGCAAUGUUAUUGACUGACGAURAAAGACUGUUUUAUCGGCGCUUUAUUAGGAACUGUUCAUGCUCCUUGCAACAGGGUCUAUCAGAUACCUACUUGACAUACGCAGUAUACGUUUAGUCCUCAUCUACGUGUAUUGUUCCCUUCUUCAAGGGAGAUAAAAAUGAUACGGAAAAUCUUACGGAAACGCAACUGUGCGGACAAGUUAUAAAACAAGUUUAGUGUAUAGGUAUCAUCAAUACAUAUCGGAAUAAAUGAAGUCUUAUUAGACAAUGUAUCGAAAUAAAAACUAUGAUUAUUA